CCUAGUUCACAUGCAACUUCUGUUGACAUCUGCCGGUAGUCUAGUCGCACAGUGUUCAAGUUGUAGGCAGCGCUUUGGAAAGCUGAGCAGUUGAAGUGUUGGUCCAGAAGAGCCAUAGAAGAGAAGAACCAGUGCGAGGUGGAGAGCAACGGAGACGAUGUCUCCUCCAAGACUCACAGACGCGCUUCGGUCCUUCUCCAAUGUCAGCAAGAGGGAGGACUUCACUGAACAGUCCUAUGAUCUAAAGGCCAAGUGUCUGAAGAGACAGGAGCUGUUUGCCAGAGAAGGCCUGACGUGGUCUGAGCUUGUCCGUUUCUGCACUGAGUACCAGGACAAAGCUCAGCAGCAAGCUGCCAGUCAGGAAUUGAAGAGGCUUCUUCUGGCAGCCAAACAGAUUGUGAGUACCGAACAUGGCCAGGCGGUCAUUGAAAGUGCGGCUGUCUUUCUGUUUGAGACCUUCCACAAUAAAGACCAUGUGGGUACAGAGGAGACUCGGGCCAUUAAACAGAUGUUCGGCCCCUUCCCAUCAUCUGCAGCUGAAGCCUCCUGUGCCUCUGUGGCUCGACUGGUGGCUCUGCUCGGUGACUCCCAAGUGGAAGACUUUCUCCAGAGCCAGAGCUCCCGUCGCAAUCUCGAACGAAGCUCCACUUUCGGACGCAACAUUGCCUUUUCGUAUGAUUGUUACCCACUGGACCCACUGGAGGACUUGCCCUUUUCUGGUAUGCAGCAAGAGACUACAAGCCUAGAUUUUAUCAACUUUUUUAACAACCAUAAGAGCGAGAAGAAGGGCAUCAGUGAGGGUUUGCUCACCACAGGAAGACCCCUGAGCUCUGGGGAUAGGUCUAUCCUUCGAACAGAAGUAGAUAAGUACCUGUGUGGAGGCAACAUGAUGUCAUCCAACCCAGAGGAGCUGUGCACCUCCCUGUUCGAGAUGCUGGCCUCACACAGGAGUAACGAUGAGCUGCAGAAUGAGCUGUUCGAACUGCUAGGCGCCGAGGGGCUGGAGAUGAUCUCAACCCUUCUACAGCGAAGGGCAGCCAUUGUUGAGUCCCUCCUCUGCAUCCCACCUGACAGGACUGGCUACCCAGCAGACAUCAACCUAAAACCCAGUGGUGAAGGGAUAAAACCCACCUAUGGGUGCCAGGUAACCAUCCAUUCAGAGCAGGAGAAACAGAUGAUGAAGAUGUACCGAAGGGAAGAGAAGAAGGAGAGGAAGAGAGCCAAAGGAGCCGAUGAGGGCGACUCCACAGAUGCUCUGAUGACCUUCGAUCCCAGAGAGAUGCGAGCCCAGCGAGAGCAGGCCCUGCUGACUGCACGGUGUGAACCUGUCCUGAGCAGGGAGAGGGUGUACGAACGUAUCCGGUAUCCUAAUGUCUACGACAGCUAUGCAGAAGCCACAAAGACGCCUGCGUUUGUUGGAGGGGCCAGGAUGCUGCUGCCCGAGGGAAUCCGCAGAGAAAACUGUAAGAUUUAUGAAGAGGUGGAGAUUCCACCAAAUGAGCCCAUGCCUAUUGGCUUUGAAGAGAAGCCUGUCUACAUCUCUGAACUGGAUGAGAUCGGGCAGCUGGUUUUCAAGGGGAUGAAGCGCCUGAACAGGAUUCAGUCCAUAGUGUUCGAGACGGCCUACAACACCAACGAGAACCUUCUGAUCUGCGCUCCAACUGGAGCGGGCAAGACCAACAUCGCCAUGCUGACAGUCCUUCAUGAAAUCCGCCAACACCUGCAGCCUGGUGGCAUCAUUAAGAAAGAUGAAUUCAAGAUAGUGUAUGUGGCUCCAAUGAAGGCCUUGGCAGCUGAGAUGACUAACUACUUCGGUAAGCGACUGGAGCCAUUGGGCAUCACUGUUAAAGAACUCACUGGAGACAUGCAGCUAACCAAAGGAGAGAUCCUCCGCACACAGAUGUUGGUGACGACUCCAGAGAAGUGGGAUGUUGUGACCAGGAAGAGUGUGGGAGAUGUAGCGCUUUCCCAGAUUGUGCGUCUCUUGAUCUUGGAUGAAGUUCAUCUUUUACAUGAAGAUCGAGGACCAGUACUUGAGAGUCUCGUGGCCAGGACCAUCAGACAGGUGGAGUCCACCCAAAGUAUGAUCAGGAUUCUGGGACUAUCGGCCACCCUGCCCAACUAUCUGGAUGUGGCCACCUUCCUACAUGUCAACCCAUAUAUUGGUCUCUUCUUCUUUGACGGUCGCUUCAGACCGGUGCCUCUGGGACAGACUUUUGUUGGCAUCAAAACCAGUAAUAAGAUCCAGCUGAUUCAUGACAUGGAGGAGGUUUGUUACAACAAAGUUCUGGAGCAGGUUAAAGCAGGCCAUCAGGUGAUGGUGUUUGUCCAUGCUCGUAAUGCCACAGUGAGGACGGCCAUGGGACUGAUCGAGAUGGCGAAGAACCAUGGAGAGAUCUGUUUCUUUCAGCCAGACCAAGGUCCAGACUACGGCCAGUGUGAGAAACAGAUCCAGCGCUCCAGGAACAAGCAGAUGAAGGAGAUGUUUCCAGAAGGUUUUGGAAUCCAUCAUGCCGGUAUGCUGCGCGUUGACCGCAGCCUGAUGGAAAGCAUGUUCUCCAAAGGCCACCUCAAAGUGCUGGUCUGUACUGCCACCUUGGCCUGGGGAGUGAACCUGCCAGCUCACGCUGUUAUCAUCAAGGGGACUCAGAUCUAUGAUGCCAAACGUGGUUCUAUGGUGGAUCUGGGCAUCCUUGAUGUCAUGCAGAUCUUUGGACGAGCAGGUCGUCCACAGUUUGAUAAGCACGGCGAGGGCACCAUCAUCACCACCCACGACAAGCUGAGCCAUUACCUGACCCUUCUCACCCAGCAGAACUCCAUAGAGAGCCAGUUCCUGGACAGCCUGGCUGACAACCUCAAUGCUGAGAUCGCUCUGGGGACCAUCACCAAUGUGGAGGAAGCUGUGAAGUGGCUCAGUUACACUUACCUUUAUGUUCGCAUGAGGGCCAACCCACUGGCAUACGGCAUCAACCACAAGGCCUAUCAGAUGGAUCCAGCUUUGGAGCUGUACAGGAAGGAGCUGGUGGUGGAAUCAGGCAGGAAGCUGGAUAAGGCCAGGAUGAUCCGCUUUGAUGAGCGCACCGGCUACUUUGCUUCUACAGACCUUGGCAGGACUGCCAGCCACUUCUACAUUAAAUACAACACCAUAGAGACAUUCAAUGAACUUUUCAACUCUCAGCGAACAGAAGCUGAAAUCCUCAAUAUAGUCUCUAGAGCUGAGGAGUUUGAACAACUCAAGGUGCGUGAAGAGGAGAUGGAGGAGCUGGAGCAGAUGCUGUGUAACUAUUGUGAGCUGCCAUCUGCAGGAGGUGUGGAAAACGGCUACGGCAAGGUCAACAUUCUGCUGCAGACUUACAUUGGCCGAGGAGAGGUGGACAGCUUCUCGCUCAUCUCAGACCUGUCAUAUGUUGCACAGAAUGCUGCUCGGAUUGUGAGGGCUUUGUUUGAGAUUGCUUUGAGGAAGCGGUGGCCAGCCAUGACCUACCGACUGCUCACCCUCUGCAAGGUGAUCGACAAGCGAUUAUGGGACUUUGCCCACCCUCUCCGCCAGUUCCCCAACCUGAGCCAUGUUGUACUGAACCGCUUAGAGGAAAAGAACCUAACUGUGGACAAACUUAAGGAAAUGAGGAAGGACGAUAUUGGUCACAUGCUACGCCAUGUCAACAUCGGGAUGACAGUCAAACAGUGUGCUCACCAGAUACCCUCGAUCACCAUGGAGGCCACCAUCCAGCCAAUCACACGCACCGUCCUGCGUGUUCGUCUCGUCAUCACACCUGAUUUUCGCUGGAAUGACCAGGUCCAUGGAUCAGUGGGUGAGCCAUGGUGGUUAUGGGUGGAAGAUCCCAUAAAUGAUCACAUCUACCACUCUGAGCACUUCCUCCUGCAGAAGAAACAGGUAGUGACAGGAGAGCCUCAGCACAUAGUAUUCACCAUUCCCAUUUUUGAGCCAUUGCCCUCCCAGUACUACAUCAAGGCAGUCUCUGAUCGAUGGCUUGGUGCUGAGGCUGUCUGCGUUAUCAACUUCCAGAACCUCAUCUUACCAGAGAGACAUCCACCACACACUGAGCUGCUGGACCUUCAGCCAUUGCCGGUAACUGCUCUGGGUAACCAGGAGUACGAGAGCCUUUACAAGUUCACUCACUUCAACCCCAUCCAGACGCAGAUCUUCCACACGCUCUACCACACGGAUACCAAUGUCUUGCUGGGAGCACCAACAGGCUCUGGAAAAACCAUUGCAGCAGAGAUAGCCAUGUUCCGGGUCUUCAACGAGUGUCCAUCCUCCAAGGUGGUGUAUAUUGCCCCUUUGAAAGCCCUGGUGAGGGAGCGGAUCGAGGACUGGAAGGUCAGGAUUGAAGAGAAACUGGGAAAGAAAGUGGUGGAGCUGACGGGUGACGUAACUCCUGACAUGAGAGCCAUAGCACAGGCUGACCUGAUCGUCACCACUCCAGAAAAGUGGGAUGGAGUGAGCAGGAGUUGGCAGAACCGAAGCUACGUUCAGAAAGUAGCCAUCCUCAUCAUUGAUGAGAUCCACCUGCUGGGUGAGGACAGAGGUCCGGUCUUGGAAGUCAUUGUGUCCAGGACCAACUUUAUCUCCUCUCACACUUCCAAGAGUGUUCGAGUAGUCGGUCUGUCCACGGCUCUGGCCAAUGCUCGAGACCUUGCUGACUGGCUGGGAAUCGGACAGGUGGGUUUGUUUAACUUCCGUCCAUCUGUGCGCCCAGUCCCGCUAGAGGUUCACAUCCACGGUUUCCCAGGACAGCACUACUGCCCCCGCAUGGCCAGCAUGAACAAGCCCACCUUCCAAGCGAUACGCACUCACUCCCCGGCCAAGCCAGUGCUGAUUUUUGUAUCAUCACGACGGCAAACUCGCCUGACUGCCCUGGACCUCAUCGCUUACCUGGCUACAGAGGACAACCCCAAGCAGUGGCUGCACCAGGAUGAGAGAGAGAUAGAGGACAUCAUCGCCACAGUUAGAGAUUCCAACCUGAAGCUGACGCUGGCCUUUGGGAUUGGCAUGCAUCAUGCAGGCCUUCAUGAGAGAGACAGGAAGACUGUGGAGGAGCUGUUUGUCAACUGUAAGAUCCAGGUUCUGAUCGCUACCAGUACUCUGGCCUGGGGAGUGAACUUCCCUGCUCACCUGGUGGUCGUCAAGGGAACAGAGUACUAUGAUGGCAAAUCCAGGCGCUAUGUGGACUACCCCAUCACAGAUGUCCUGCAGAUGAUGGGCCGAGCAGGUCGUCCUCAGUUUGAUGACCAGGGCAAAGCAGUGAUUCUCGUCCAUGACAUAAAGAAGGAUUUCUACAAGAAGUUCCUCUACGAACCUUUUCCUGUAGAGUCCAGCCUCCUCAGCGUGCUGUCAGAUCAUCUGAAUGCUGAGAUUGCUGCAGGAACCAUCUCAUCCAAACAGGAUGCCAUGGACUACAUUACCUGGACAUACUUCUUCAGAAGGCUGAUGAUGAAUCCCAGUUAUUACAGCCUGGAAGACAUCAGCCAUGAGUCCAUUAACAAAUAUCUGUCCAGCCUGGUGGAGAGAAGCCUGCGCGACCUGGAGUCGUCUUACUGCAUAGAGAUAAAGGAGGAUGAUCAAUCGAUCGAGCCGCUUACCUACGGUCGCAUUGCCUCCUAUUACUACCUGAAGCAUCAGACAGUCCGCAUGUUCAAAGAACGCCUCAGGGCUGAGCUACCCAUCCCUGAGCUGCUCUCUGUUCUCUCGGAUGCAGAGGAGUAUGCCGAGCUGCCCGUCAGACACAAUGAGGACCAGCUGAACAGCCAGCUGGCUCAGCAGCUCCCCUUGCAGGUCAACCCCCACUCCUACGACAGUCCACACACCAAGACCCACCUGCUGCUGCAGGCCCACUUCAGCCAUGCCCAGCUGCCGUGCAGCGACUACACCACUGACACAAAAACGGUGCUGGACAACGCCAUCCGAAUCUGCCAGGCAAUGCUGGAUGUAGCUGCUAAUGAAGGUUGGCUCGUCACAGCUGUCAGCAUCUGCAACCUCCUGCAAAUGAUGGUCCAGGGCCGCUGGCUGCACGACUCCUCGUUGCUGACAGUGCCACACAUAGAACAGCAAGACCUCUAUCGGUUCAGAAACUGGGCAAACAGGAAGCGGCGCGGUGACCUGGGAGGGUUCAGCAGGCCAAUCGAAGGCCUUCCUGAGCUCAUCGCUGCCUGUAAUGGAAAAGAAAGUAUUUUCUCUGCAAUGGUCGGCCAAGAGUUUCCAUCAAAUCAGAUUGCCCAGGCGUGGUCAUUCCUGAGCCAUCUCCCGGUGUUGGAAGUUGAGAUGAGCAUGAAGGGCUGGUGGGAGGAGAGCCAGGAGCAGAUGGAGCAGCCCCUCCCUGCAGCAGGAGCUAACCUAAGAGAGGAGAGCAGCUGGCUGGAUGUCCACGCUGACCAGGAGUAUGUUCUGCAGGUGUCACUGAGACGCAUCAAUGUGGGCCAGCAGAGGAGGAAGCAGGACAGUAAGGCCCAAGCUCCCAGGUUCCCCAAGGUGAAGGAUGAGGGUUGGCUCCUCAUUGUUGGGGAGGUGGAUCGCAGGGAGCUGCUGGCUGUGAAACGGGUCGGAUACGUGCGCAACCGCACCGCUGUGUCCAUGGCCCUCUACACCCCGGAAAAGACCGGAAAGUGUAUUUACACCCUCUACCUGAUCAGUGACAGCUACCUGGGUCUGGACCAGCAGUAUGACGUUCACCUGAAUGUAACUCCUGCCAGCAUCGCUGCCCAGGUCAACUCUGAGGUCUCACAUUCAGUAUCUGAAGUGUCCCUCAGCUGAGGAGCAGGAGGACCGAAGCUCAUCUGUCUGCAGCAGCUCCAGAACCUUUCCAAGAACAUCUGUCAUGUUCAAGUUCCACUCGCCAAGUUCCUCUCUCUGCUUCAGUUCCUACAUUGUAACCAUGGCAGUGAUGUCAUUGCUUCCUUUCAUACUGUGAGUGCUGCUGUCAGGAGAAGCUCCACAUGUUCUGUAGGAUUUUUCUGAUUCUUUAAUUUAAGCAUAAAUUGGUGGUUCACUGUUUUUAUGUUUUCUGUUUCCAAUGAUUAAACUCACAUUUAGAUUGACACACUUUGUAACAGCAAAUAUUUAGUUCCACAUGAAGCUUUCUGUGCCUGAAUGUGAGGAAUGGGAUGACUCUUUGUUAUCUACAAGUUCUGUGAAUGUAACCCAAACUCAUCUAAAGGCCAGUGUGCUUAGGAAGAAGAUCCACAGCUGUAAAAUGGGACAGAGUGUCUUCACUUCCCAUCAGCAGACUGGGCUUCAGUCAGAGUCAGCGCCCGACAGCCUGCAGCACUGACACAGAUAUGCUGGUGGUUAAAGGGCCCCCACACUCUAAGCCACACUUGUGAUGCCAUUGGACGGUCUACAGAUGACUGCACACAUUUGUUUAGCAGUAACCUCGACUGUGUCCUGGAAGCAUAUUUAAAUAUGUAUUAAUUGUGUCGCUAUCCUUUAGCUUCAGCCCAUCGGGGGUGUAACACAGCAGCGUUUCUCUGCCCUCAGUGCUGCUCUUAAUGCUCACCCGUGUGUAUCGAUGUGGAAAUGCAGCGUGAAAAGUAAGAAAAGAUCAGGACAGUUUUUCUUUAAGAAGACUGGAAAAAACACGUUCCCACAUUCAUGAACUACAUAACUCACAGCACCCACUGUGGCCUUAUGGAGCAACAGCAGUCAGUGUUUAAUCUUAGAUAAAUAUGAGUGAGAUGUUUCUGUGAGGAGCAGAAUAUGUGGGAAAAAAUCUUCCCAUGUUGUUUUGGCAGAAUCUCUUUAUUCUGAUGGUUUCAGUUUAGGUCCGUGAAGCUUCUUCCUUCCACCCCAGCAGCUCGAGACCACCAGAGCGCCACGUUUCCCCCUCCGUUUGUCAGAAGUAUCCUCAGCUGGAGGGGAGCAGAGUGCGCCCCCCUGAAUCCUUACAGUGGGAGGAACUGAUGCUCACAGGAGCAGAAAUGUGAAAUGUUUAUCAGUGGAUUUGACUGUUGCUGCCAAAUCCUUUGAAUGAAUAAAUCACAUUCAAAAUAAAAAGCCUGCUUUCACUGACA